GCGCGCCGUGCGGAGCGCGGGGCGGUCCGGUCCGGUCCGGGUUUUGCCGGCAGCCGCGGGCAGCGGCGGCGGCGGCAGCAGCGCGGCUCGGGGGCUGCGCACUCCCAGAGCGAGCGGCGAUGUGGAGAGCCGCAUGGUGUGUACCCAAGGCGCAGAGCAUGUCUUUGCACUGAGGCUGGACUGAAGUCCUCUGCAGCUGAGGCUGGAGGAGCUGCCCCGUUGAUGAGCGUUCCCAUCUGAGCUUUCCCCAGCGGCCGGCGGGCUGGUGCUACCAGAAGGGCUUUGGGGGCCUUUUGCUUUUGGGGGUGGGUUUUUGGGGGUUCUUCUGUUUGGUUUUUUUUUGGUUUUUGUUUUUUUUUUUUUUCUAAUUUGGGGUUUGGUUUUGUUGUUGGGCUCCGGGCACCAUGUCAAAUCCGGGCUCCCAUCAAGACACUGGGAACAAGCCAGAGACAGAAAAAAAUAACCAAGAUGACUCUCAACCCCCAGUCAGUUCCGAGAGGAGGAACAAAAGUGGAAUAAUAAGUGAACCUUUGAACAAAAGUCUUAAGAAGUCCCGUCCACUCUCCCACUAUUCCACCUUUGGUAGCAGCAGCUCGGUAAGCGAACAUUCAGAGAAAGGCAACCCCUUAGCUAAUGGCAAUGACACGACUGUGGAUAAAAGUCAUUCUACCUCAAAGCACAAAAGCAUCUCUAGUAUGCUGAGCAAAUUAGACCGGGUAUCAGAGAUCUCCUCAGAAGGGACAGAUCGGACCCUACAACAGUUUGCUCAGUCGACAGAAAUGCUUAAGAGAGUGGUACAGGAGCAUCUUCCUCUCGCAAGCGACCACGGGACUGUCUCUGACAUGGAGGCAGUCUCAGCUGCAGAGACAAUGAACGGCCCCUCUGAUUUUCCUUACCUGGGGGCUUUUCCCAUCAACCCAGGCCUUUUCAUUAUGACCCCUGCCGGCGUGUUGGCAGAGAGCGCACUCCAUAUGGCUGGCUUGGCAGAAUAUCCCAUGCAGAAUGAUUUGGCAUCUGCCAUCAAUUCGGGGAAAAAGAAACGGAAAAGAUGCGGCAUGUGCCGCCCUGCCGAAGACGGAAUAAACUGCGAGCAGUGCAGCAGUUGUAGGAAUCGCAAAACUGGCCACCAGAUUUGCAAAUUCCGAAAAUGUGAAGAACUCAAAAAGAAGCCUUCUGCAGCACUGGAGAAGGUGAUGCUUCCUACAGGAGCCGCGUUCCGAUGGUUCCAGUAGGAACAGGAAUCCCAAAGCUCUGUCAUCCAAGUGCAAUGUCACUGCUUGCUUGUGUUGUCUCAGGCAAGGGAUUUUGGCUGAAAUGAAUGGAUGCACCUGUGUCUCUUUAGAACCAAAAAUAUUUUCUCGCAAAUCUCAUUCCUGUUUUUUAUAAUUUCGUUCUUUUUCUUUUUUUUUUUUUUGCGUUUGUUUUAACAAUCCUCGGCG